AUGGGAGACUACGAGGACCUAACAUUUCUCUGGCUCCCACCACAUCCAACUUCCCCUCCCGACUACCCGAUACUAGAUGAAGAGCAUAAAAUCGCCUAUGGCAUCCCACAAAUUGUUGCCGCGUUUAUAGGAUUUCCAGUGAAUAUUGGGAUGCUGAUCGUCGCCCUCCGACGCACCAAAGAUCUCUGUUCUACCUUUUUCUAUUUUAUCCUGGCCCAGCUAUGCCUGCUCAAUCUCAUUCAAAUGCAAUCACAUAUGGUGGCUGCCAUCAUUACAUUAGUCGCUGAUACUGGUCCUAAAUUUUCUAUGCUAACAAUUCCGCUUGGCUACGCGGCAUGUUUUUCAUCAGAUUUAUUGAGAGGCGUCAUUUCGCUUCAUCGCAUGACCCUAAUCGCCUUUCCCCAUCGAGCCAAGGACAUACCGAAAUGGGUAUUUAUGACGAUUUUAAUCUUUGAUAUAUUUUUAUUCUUCUUUGUCGCUAUUAAAUUCUAUACCCCACAAGGUGCGGCGUACUUUUCGCCGAGGCAGCUACUAUUCCUAAAAUUCGACAAGAUUUGGAUCUUCUCCCAGAUCACAAAUCAGAUCCGAAUCUGUUGCAACUAUAUUUCAUUGGUUGCCGGAGCGUUGAGUUAUGCCGUUAUAACGCCAUUACUCCUAUUUCACAAGCGGAAGUUGAAGAAAGCCGAUUAUACCAUUACCAUCCAGCUAUUCGUCACUUUCUGCUGCUCUAUCAUCUGCUUUGUCGGCUGGGAAGUGGUGUUGCCAUGGGCUGACGACUCGACCCCUACCACCGCAGUCUUGAUUAAUUUUAUUUCACAACUUUUAUGGGUCCUCCAGUGCUCACAGGAGCCUGCUGUGCUUUUUAUUUUUAACAACGAACAUCGCUCAUUGUCAUCCUACCGUAUCACCCCACCACCCGGGUUUCCGGGUGGUGGGACUACACUGCGGCAGUCGAUCCAAAAAAAUGCCCGGGAAGAGGCGGAUACGGUGUUCAGGGAAUUCGCCAACUACAACGGCGGCCCUGGCGUUCAGCACGUCGCGCUGAAUACCGACGACCUGGUGGCAACGGUGGAGGCGUUGCGAGCACGUGGCGUUGAACUGCUCGAUGUCCCCGCCAAAUAUUACGAAUUAGUUCGGGAGAAGCUGAGCACCAGCAAUUGUCCGAUCGAAGCCGACAUCGAUCGACUCAAGAAUUGGGCAUCUUCAUCGAUUUCGACGAGAAGGGCUACAUCCUCCAAAAAUUUACUCGCCCUCUCGAUGACCGCCCGACGCUGUUCUUUGAAUUUAUUGAGCGCCACAAUUUUAAAG